CAUCAAUGAAAUUUGGGUAUCUUUCUAUCUACGUUUCACUCAUUACAACAAAUCCCACAUUUUCACCAUUAAUCAAUAAAUACUAAUUAUAUUUCUUCCUCAUCAACUCCGUUCUCUCGUUCUCACUCUCUCUCUUUCCCUCGCCAUCGCUUUUCUUACUCCACCACUUCGCCACUACACUUUUCUCACCACUACCCAUUAAUUUUCAGGAACAAUGGGGGAGCACGUGGUUUUAUCUGUUCUUGACUCUCUUAUAGCACCUGCAACUUUGCAACCACAACAUGAUGGUGAUGGUGAUGCUUUAGGUUCACUCAUUGAGGGUGCUACUCAUGUUAAUGAUGUUGGGGAAUGUGAUACACUUGAAGAAGAAGAAGAAGAAGAAGAAGAUAAAGAAGAAGAAGACCUUAUCAAAAUGGUGGAAUGUCGCAUUUGCCAGGAGGAUGAUACCCUUCAAAAUUUGGACAUACCCUGUGCUUGCAGUGGAACUUUGAAGUUUGCUCAUACGAAAUGUGUUCAAAUAUGGUGCUACGAGAAGGGUGAUACAAUUUGUGAGAUCUGCAAUCAGCCAUUCAAACCUGGUUAUACUGCAAAUUCACCUGUCUGCCAUCCUGGAGAUACUUCAAUUGAUAUCAGUGAUGACUGGGCAACCACUAGGAAUCCUUUAGAUUUGCACAAUGCUCGACUUUUGGCUAUUGCAGCUGUGGACUACCAAGUUCCAGAGACUGAGCACGAAGAUUAUGUCAAUGCUGGCACUGGUGGAACCACAUUGUGGCACUCUGUUGGUCUAAUUUUAAUGGCUCUUUUACUUCUGAGGCAUGCUGCUCCCCUCUUCAAUGCUGAUGUGGAGAAAGCUAUAGCAUAUUUUUAUUUUUUCUUUCUUGGCGCGGCUGCUGUUAUCCUUCCAUGCUAUCUUGUGGCCUGGAUAAUUCGCAUAAUACAGCAUCAAAGGCAAAGACAACAAUCAGCUGAAGAACUUGCAUUUAUGCUACAGGCAGAGGAACAAUAAGGUUAGCAGUUUGCAGUAUCACCAGGACCUGUUUUUCACUGAUUAAUUCCCAAAAGUAUUGUGCAAUGCCAUCCCUAACACAAGGGCCUUAGAAAUUGUAGUUGGCUGAUCAGUGGUGCAGCAGAAUAAGAUCUGAUGGAUCUGCUUCUGGUUCUCCAUUUGUAUCUUUCUCUGGUUACAUUUAUAUUCCCACUCUCUCUCCCUCUUUCUCUCUUCUGUAAAUAGGUAUAUUACAUACUUUAUCUCAUCAGCCCAAAUACAGCUUUUGCUGUUGCUAAUUGUGAAAUUGAUGUUAAGUGAAGGUGUUCUUCACCUAUGAAAAUAUUUGCAUAAAAAUUACAUUUUAUUUGAUAUCCUUAAUAUAUUCUGAAAAUAGAAUAAAUUCACCUAA